AUGGAGAAAAGGAGCAACGUGACCGAGUUUGUUCUUCUGGGACUUUCACAAAACCCGAAGAUGCAGAAAAUUAUAUUUGCUGUGUUUUUGCUCAUCUACAUCAUCACAAUGAUAGGAAAUUUGCUCAUUGUGAUAACCAUCAUUGCCAGCUCACUCUUGGGCUCCCCCAUGUACUUUUUCCUGGCAUAUCUCUCCUUUAUUGAUGCCUGCUAUGCCUCUGUCAAUACUCCUAAACUGAUUGUGGAUUCACUCCAUGAAACCAAGACCAUUCUGUUCAAUGGAUGCAUGGUCCAAGUCUUUGGGGAACACUUCUUCUCAGGUGCAGAGGUCAUCCUGCUCACAGUGAUGGCCUAUGACCGCUAUGUGGCCAUCUGCAAGCCCUUGCACUAUGCAACCAUCAUGAACUGGAGAGUGUGCAUGCUGCUAGUGGGAGUUUCCUGGAUGGGAGGCUUUCUCCAUGCAACCAUCCAGCUCCUCUUCAUCUUCCCACUACCCUUCUGUGGCCCUAAUGUCAUAGAUCACUUUAUGUGUGACCUGAGCCCUUUGCUCAAUCUGGCCUGCACUGAUACCCACAUUAUGGGGCUCUUUGUCAUUGCCAACAGUGGGUUCAUCUGCCUGUUAAACUUUCUCCUCCUGCUGGUCUCCUAUGUGGUCAUCCUGUGCUCCCUGAGGACACAGAGCAUGGAGGGUAGGCGCAAAGCCCUGUCUACCUGUGUCUCCCACAUCACAGUGGUGGUAUUAUUCUUUUUUCCCUCCAUGUUUGUGUACUUGAGACCUGCAGUUACUUUACCUAUUGAUAAGGCAGUUGCUGUUUUCUACACAAUGAUAACUCCCAUGUUAAAUCCUUUGAUUUAUACCUUGAGAAAUGCCCAGAUGAAAAGUACCAUUAAGAAAUUAUUUACUAGGAAGUUUCUUUCAGUUGGACAAAUAAAUAUGCCUGAAGAUCAGCAUUGA